AUGUCUUUUCCCAGGACUGUUUUAAACGACUCUGUCAUCGUUCAUCCUCCGGGCUUUUACAUCAUAGGAUUUCAGUUGUAUCCCUCCAUCAGUGUCUACUUCAUCUUCCUGGCGUUUGUCUACGUGGUCACAGUUGUAUUCAACAGUUUGGUGAUCUACGUCAUUGUCUUUAACCACAGUUUGCACACGCCAAAGUUUCUGGCCGUGGUCAACCUGGCAGUGAUCGACGUGAUCCUGAACACGUGCACGAUUCCCAGCAUGCUAAAGAUAUUUCUGGUGAAGGACAAUUUCAUUCCCUUCAACUUGUGCUUGGUUCAAAUGUUUUUCUACUAUGCUUUUGGGACUCUAGAGUCGUGCGCUCUUGCUAUACUUGCCUACGACCGGUUGAUCGCGAUAUGUUUCCCCCUGCGUCACAAUUCCAUUAACACCCUGCAGAGCAUGUCUUGUAUUGUGGGCCUGGUGUGGUGCUUUGCUCUGGGAAUCUCUGCGUUUUCUGUGGCUAUAAUGAAUCGACUGUCUUUCUGCAACUCUGUCAGAGUUCUCAGCUACUUCUGUGACUAUGCACCUGUGUUCCGACUCGCCUGUAAUGACUACACCUUGCACUGGUCUGUGGCCUCUAUGUUCACUUCCCUGGUCCUCGUUGGACCCUUCACUUUCAUCCUUCUGUCUUAUCUCAGCAUCCUAGUGACAGUGUUGAGGAUGAAAUCACUGGACAGUCGGGUCAAAGCUUUGGCCACGUGUGUCGAGCACCUGAUCCUCGUCGCUGUGUUUUACAUUCCUCUCAUCACCAUUUUCACCGUAGGGUUUUACCUGCGAAUCAUCGACGCGGACCAGCGAGUGCUGAGCCUGUCCCUGGCCUCUUGUCUUCCACCCUGCGUGAAUCCUAUUGUGUAUUCCCUGAAAACCAAAGAGAUCAAAACCAGAGCGCUGGCGCUGGUGAGAAAAUAUAGGUUUGGGGCAGACCGUUUUAAGAGCAAAUCUCGGAGGGUUCUUCCAGUGAAAAAAAAGUGA